GAGAUAUGACUAGGUAGAAACAACAUAGCGCUUUCGAGCUGCGUACCUACGGUGGGGCUAAACUAGGCGGAGCAAAGUCAUCAGCGCAUUCCACGUGUGUGUGGACGACAGCAAAAAAAAAAUAAUAAUAAUAAGGAUGUCGCCACCCUGACAACGCCAUAAAACUACGAAAGGUCAACUGAGAGUAACCUUUCACAGGUCCGAGGUGCAGACGUGCCACAGAAGCGUGGAACCUCAGGGGGAUGUGCAAUAAGCCGCAGGAGGUCAAAGCAGAGUCUCCAGCUGCUGCUCCAGCACAAAACUCCCCUCGUCUCGGCUUCAAGAUCCCGGGCUACAGACCCUCGGAACUGGACAAGAAGAUGCUGCUCUGGUCAGGACGCUACAAGACAGCCGACCAGAUCCCUGAGCUGGUAUCGUUUGAAACGCUUGACGCUGCCAGAAACAAAGUGCGAGUGAAAGCCUGCUACGUGAUGAUGGCGGCCACAAUCGGCGCCUGCUUGUUGAUGGUUCUUCUGGGCAAACGGGCUGCCGGCAGAAACGAGUCCCUGACGGGUCAGAACAUGGAGAGGAAGGCCAAAUGGAAGGAGGAGCUACAGAGAGAGCAGGAAGGCGCCGUCGCCUUGCCCGGCAAGGCUCAAUGAUGCCGGGAGCACAACGCAACCGUAGAAUCAUCGGAAAUUGGGAAGAUGCACAGGCGCUAGACACAACGUAUCUACGUCUGUCUUCAAUGAAUGAAAAGUGUUGGGUUGGAAACGUGUGACAGUAUAUUCACAAAUAGUAGCCAGGGGUGCCAUUUACUUAACUGCAGAAGGGAGGAGAUUGAUUACUUUUUUUUUUUUUUUUAAAUAGACGUUUGGUAUAAUAGACCAUAUUACAGUUUCUGCCACACGUGGACUUAAACACAAAAUGGCAAACAUACACUAUAUUUGCUCCCCUGCCUUGAGUCACAUGAUAUUGAUAUCCCAUUCUAAAUCCAUAUGGUUGAAUAUGAUGUCGGUCAACUCUUGUGCGAAGACAUCCAACAAUUUUUGCCCAUUCUUCCAGGAGCGUAUUUGUGAGGUCACACACUGAUGUUGGACGAGAAGGCCUGGUGUUGUAUCAGGUUGAGGCCAGUCAAGUUCAUCCAGUAGCGAAUUCUCCCGUCCACGUCUUUAUGGACUUUGCUUUGCGCACCGGUGCGCAGACAUGUUGGAACAGGAAGGGGUCAUCGCCAAACUGUUUGACCUCUUGCUAUGCUGAAGCAUUCGGAGUUCCUUUCACUGGAGCUCAGGGGGCUAAUAUUUUGGACAUGUCCAACUUUGUGGGAACGGUUUGGAGAUGGCGACUUCCUGUAACAACAUGACUGUGCAUCAGUGCACAAAUCGAGGUUCAUAAAGACACGGAUGAGAGAGUUUGAUGUGGAUGAACUUGACUGGCCUGCACAAUCCUGACCUCAACCCUGUACAACACUUUUGGAUGAGUGAGAGUGGAGACUGAGAGCCAGGCCUUCUUGUCCAAUAUCAGUGUGUAACCUCACAAAUGCGCUUCUGGAAAAAUUGUCACAAAUUCCCAUUUUCCACACAAUCGAAUGUCUAUUUGCAUUCGAUUGUGUCUGCGUGUGGUGGAAUGCCCGGCAAGAUCGAGCCCAUUGGUUGUCAUGGUAACAAAAGCCUGACUUGCCAUUGGCUAAGCGGUGUUUGGGGCCGGGUUCGCUCACUGGCGUGAGACAGGGCCAGUGUAUAAAAUAUGCUGUAAUUCUUGUUUCUUUCGACAAAAGCAUACCACAGGCAUGUUUGACUCCUGAAACCGUUUGAAAUUGAGUGAAUGACACGCAGCGUGUCCACUAUUUGAGGAAAUUUGGUACGCUGCCUCAGGCAGUCAUUUCAGGUUUCAUCUGUGUUGUCUUGUUUGUACAAAGUAACAAAUGACGCGAGUAAUUUCAUUAAAAGUAAUUCUUGUCAA